AGUGAGUGAUAGCUGCACUGCAGCCGGUGGAUGGCGUGGCUGAAGCCUGGCGUUCUCAGCUUCACUCUCCUUGGGAUUCCCUUAAGGAAGGCGGGCGAGCAGCGUGCAGCCGGGCCUUUCCGCCUUGCGCGUUCGUUCCCCAAAUAGGGGCUAUUUCCCAUCGCCAGCGCCCUUACGAGGGCUGAGCUCACCCUCCGCACACGGCGGCCCUGCUGCGGCAUCCAGACUCGUUGUAGCAUUCCCGUACCGGUCCCUGUCCCUGCCCUGUCGCCCCGUCGCCGGAACGGUGACCGCCAGUCCCACCGUUCUUCCGCUGCCAACGCUGCCGGCACAAUGGGCAGUGAGCAGAGCUCCGAGGCCGAGAGCCGACCCAACGAUCUGAACUCCUCAGUGACUCCUUCUCCAGCUAAGCAUAGAGCCAAGAUGGAUGAUAUUGUGGUUGUAGCUCAGGGCUCCCAGGCCUCACGGAAUGUCAGCAAUGAUCCUGAUGUCAUCAAAUUGCAAGAGAUUCCAACCUUCCAACCACUUUUGAAAGGGCUGUUGAGUGGCCAGACUUCCCCAACAAAUACCAAAUUGGAGAAACUGGAUUCUCAGCAGGUGUUGCAGCUCUGCCUCCGAUAUCAAGAUCACCUCCAUCAGUGUGCAGAGGCCGUAGCGUUUGAUCAGAAUGCUUUGGUUAAACGAAUCAAAGAGAUAGACCUUUCUGUAGAAACUCUCUUUAGCUUCAUGCAAGAGCGCCAGAAAAGAUAUGCCAAAUACGCAGAGCAGAUCCAGAAGGUCAACGAGAUGUCCGCCAUCCUCCGCCGCAUACAGAUGGGCAUCGACCAGACCGUGCCCCUGAUGGAGAGGCUCAACAGCAUGCUGCCGGAGGCCGAGCGCCUGGAGCCCUUCAGCAUGAAGCCGGACCGGGAGCUCCGGCUCUAGAGCUGCUGCUCCCCUCCUGCCGGGCGGGUGUCCUGUGGGAGCGGAGCCCGGCACUACUGAUGCCCCGAGGACACUUGGAACGGAAGUCAUAUGAUGUGACUGGGGCUCCAAGCUGGCUGAGGGGAGGUGAAGCAGCCCCGCCGGCCCGAAAACCUGGUUGCCCCACCGCCCCCCGCCCUUUGAUGGAGUUCCCUUUGCAAACUGAACCCAACAAACCCUUGGUGUUACCUGAAGUUGGAACGGUUUUAUUCGGAAUUCUUUACAGAACUCUGCAUUGGGAAUUAUUUUUAUUUUGUUUAGUGUUUUUGUAAUUGAGAGUGUAUGUUAUCUAGUCGAGCUUGUGGAGUGAAAAUAUGGAGUGAAGGGGGAAAAUAUUUUAGGAAGCUCUGUGUCCUCGAUGCCUCCGUGAACUUUUACUCCAGAGGCUCUCUCGGUUACGGGCCGUAAACAUAAAGUACUAAUUUAACCCAGGUCCGUGAGUUGUUACUGUCGCUACCCUGUUUCCACCCUGGCAGGCCGUCAUCUGGGGCACCCUCGUUCCGCCCUGGUGAGACACUGGUAUUUUUGUUGUGUGUCAGGUAGUGGUGUCCCUCAUGUGUCAUCAUCACACACUGAUGACUCCCUUUGUACACCCUCAGUGAGUUCACCUUCCCCACUGAUAACUAGUUUCCGUGAGGCACAGUGUCGGUUUCUUUUCAUUACAUCAACCCUGGCAGGACUCCAAUCUUUGCAACAAGGGUUUAGCCACCAUUUGUUCUCCUGGCCUGGCAGACAUGGGGCGCGGCCAGGCCUUGACGGGACAGUGAGCACUCGGGCAGCAGGCAUGUAGGGAGCCCCUCUGAUGGGCUGGGGACGCAGAAGUGGCUGCAGAGUCCCUGCCCUGCUUCUCUGAAGACAAUAAACUGAGAACGCUGCUGAAAUUCUCGGGGAGUUGAGGAAAUGAAGCAAUUUGAGUAACCACAAAAGUACUUCAUGCAGUACUUUGCACAUCAUAAAUGUUUUAAUGGAAGAAAAGACUGAAGAAGCGAAGAAGUGGAAGGCAGGAACAGCGCCAGGCAGGGAAGGCGAGACAGAGCAGGGGGUGAAGGGCAGGCCCUGGGGCCCGGGUAUCCUGCGGGUCUCACCCUGCUCCCUGUUCCUCCAAACCUCAGGGGUGUGUCUUCGAUGUCAGAAACUGCCUUCAGGAUAUUUAUAAGAUUAAAGGUGGUCUCACUUAACGUAGCGUAUCUCAGGUAAACUUUUAUCUUUUUCUUGGAUUUUUAAAUUUUUUAAAUCUUGGGUUUUAAUCAGCUACGAUUUUGCAAGGUUCUUAGAACCCAAAAUAAAGUGUAGAACAGAAGCAACCUGCACAAAACAGUAUGCAGAGAAAGUUCAAUGGAUUAGGAUAUAGUCCAGAAUGGGAAUGUAGUCCGGAAUGGAAUGUAGUUCAGAAUAUAGUUCUAAAUGACAGAAGAAACAUGAACAUUUUCAACUAAAUGAAAAAAUUUAAAAAAUUUCAGACAUAGGGGGAAAAAAACAGCUUCUAGUAUUUCCUAAGGACAAAAUAAAUAUCAACAUUGUUCAUUCCCUCUGAGCUGGAAAGACAAGUUGGAAACCAGAGCCCAGGGAAGAGGUCAAGGUACCAUCUAUCUUUUUCCGAGGGCAACCCUCAACUGCCACUUCUGCCCUCCGGGGCACGGGUGCCGCUCUUUGCCCGUGAGGAAGGUGGGACAGGGGCGUCAGCCUGAGGAGGAGCCGUGGAGGACGGGAGACAGUGAGCUGGGAGUGGGGAGCUACAUGUUUAACCUUUGCUGGGCCGCGCCGCUGAAGGAAGUUUGCCUUUAUAAUGCCUUCUGAUGGUCAGGAUUAAACCAUUUCUAGAGCAAUUCACUAAGAGUUCAAAUGAAGAAAGAUGUUUUGUAACUUAGAAACCUAUUCAAUAGCUCAGGUUAUUCUGGGAAAUGUCAUGUGAUCUGUAGCGAAGACAGCAGCAGGGAUUGAGGAACGCGUCUACGUGCAGUGCCCCUCCUUUCAUGUUUCCAGUUUCCACAUAAUUGAGGAUCUAGUUCUGGAUGUAUUCUAACCCAUUGAUCUUCCUUUGCAUACCGUCUCAUGCUAUCUGUUUUGCUUUUAUAUUGUUUUAAUAUUUUAAUUCGUAAUACAUUUUACCAAUAUGCCUAUUCCAGAUCCCACCUACUCUAUUAUUUUUUUUAACUUCAUUUUUUAAAUGUUCAGACUGGCAGAAAAGUGAAAAUCAUCCAAAGAACACUCAUAUUCCCUUCACAUAGACCGGACAGUAAGUGGCAUUUUAAAGCCAUUACCACAAUGGUCUGUGUUUGAGUUCCUGGAGUACACAGGAUCCAGCUCUGAACCGGAGGACAUGCUUGUAGCUUUCAAAGAAGGAAGGGCUGGUUGCCUACGGGGCUGUGAAGUAGCUCAGGGCUGCCCUUCCCCUCGCUGUAGUUAACAAUUUACGUAAUGAAGUGAAUUAGACAAAACAUGGCAUUAACUUAAAGAUGUGAGUCCUAACUAGGUAGGCUACUUAUUACUGGGAAGCAGCAGAGAACAAUAGGUAUAUUCAAUAUUUUUUGAAAGAAUUCUAAUUAAAUAUUUAUGGUGUGCGGUGGUUUUGCAAUGUCCACUUGGCUGACUUGCACUGUUUCCCAGAAUUCCCGUCCCUGUUUAUUCCUGGCGAGGCUUCGCCACAAGGGAAAUGUGCAGAUUUGUCAGUGGAAGUAAUGCAAUGACCACGCUUACUCGCUGAGUGAGAGUUGCCAUCGGUCAGGCCAUGUUACACAUCAUGCACGUUCCAUGGCUCUUGUGGGCAGCAGCUGGGCCCGCAGCUUCUCCAGCUCCCAGGAACUCUGCCUGCUGCUCUUCCAAGUGCCGGACCAGCUUCUCCUGCAAGUCGUCUGCAGCAGGGAACUAAGGCUUAGAGGAGAGGCCAGCGUGGGUUCUGGUGAGACGGAUGUUGGUUCUAUCUGGUUGCUUGCAGGCUUCCGCUCUACUGACUCUUUUACGAAUUGUUUUGCUUGUCAGUUUACUCAUCUGCAUUUAUGAAUACCAUCGAACAGGCCCCUAUAAUG